AUGGUCAAAGCAGUUGCAGUCUUAAGAGGCGAUUCUACCGUCGGCGGUACCGUUGUCUUCGAACAAUCCUCCGAAAGCAGCCCUACCACUAUCACUUACGACAUCAAAGGUAACUCCCCAAACGCUGAGAGAGGUUUCCACAUUCACCAGUUCGGUGACAAUACCAAUGGUUGUACUUCAGCUGGUCCUCACUUCAACCCAUUUGGUAAGACCCACGGUGCUCCAACUGACGAAGCUAGACACGUCGGUGACUUGGGUAACGUCAAGACCGACGCUGAAGGUGUUGCCAAGGGUGUUAUAACCGAUAACCAGGUUAAGCUGAUCGGUGAGACCUCAAUUCUAGGUAGAACUGUUGUUAUUCACGACGGAACUGACGAUCUAGGAAAGGGUGGUCACGCCGACUCUUUGAAGACCGGUAACGCUGGUGGAAGACCAGCUUGUGGUGUCAUCGGUUUGGCAGCUUAA